AUGACACUCACGAAAAACUCACGAGACGCGCGGCGAAGCAAACUGAAGGAGGAGGUCGCUUCAACGAUAGAGGUGGCCGCCAUGUCGUCUUGCCCACGCAAUCGAAAGCGCUCUCACGAUUCCACGAUUCAUGAGUGUGCGAAGAUGCGGCGCGAGGAGGACGGUGGCGACGGGCGUGCGAAGAAGAGAGCACAGCAUGAAAAGCACAGAUCACCGGUGCCACAGGAGCGACCGGCAAACCGCGACGGGACUGAGAGCGACACACUUCCUCUGGAAACCGUAUUGAUCGCCUUUUUGAAGGCCAUUACGCCAAGUAUGAGCGAGCGCGAGCAGACUCGGCGGGUGCUGCAUGACGUGAGCCGCUCUCUUACUGGCGUGGGCCUCCGUGUGGAUGUCUUUGGGAGUUGGUGCACGGGCCUCUGCAUUCCGAGCAGCGACAUAGACUUUGUCGCGUCUCCAACGGCGCCUGCUGCCGGGUCGAGCAGCAAUACGGCCAGUGGCAGGGGUUCCGUGUUCCAGCGCCUUCUGUUGAGUUUUGCCGAUGAAUCCAUACCGAAGCGGGAACGCCGUGGCUAUUAUUCCGGUGCACUGCGUCAGGUUGCGAACAGCCUUCGCUCCUUCGGCGCCUUUCACAGCCUCAUACUGAUACCACAUGCCAAGGUACCCAUUGUGAAGGCCGUCCACCGCAAUGGACAGAAGAUCGACGUCUCCUUCCAUAAGGACGGCCUUCUGACCUCGCAGUUUCUCUGUGAGGAGUUCAAGAAGCCACAGUUCCGCCUUGCACGUGGUCUCAUCAUUUUAGUGAAGGCGCUCGUGGCGAACUGGCGGCUUGACGACCCGAGCCGCGGUGGUCUUGGCUCAUUCCCCAUAGCGGUGCUGGUGCUGUGGUUCCUCCACUCCGAAGUGACGCCGCGUUACCCGCCUGAGUGCAGUAACAGCUAUGCGGUGUGCCUCGUUGGUCUCCUCAAGUACUACGGGACGCAGUUCGAUUCCAAACGAACUGGCAUCGACUACGCCAGGAAGUGCACCAUUAAUAAGGCUCCUUCGUCAGAGUUGUGCAUUAUGAACCCGGUGUAUCCGCAUACUAACUGCGCCGUCGCAGCGACGCUCUUUGCCUCAAAUGUGGUGCCCAGGUUUCGUGAGAUGUACGAGCGGUUUUCAAAACUCCUGGAUUACACCGCUAGCAAGUUAAGUGUGGAACGUGUGGUGGCGCAUGCGUUUGGUCGCUCUAUCAAUGCUGUAGGCGGAAGCAGUCUGCUGCGGCAAGCAAACGUGACGACGGAUACAAACCAGCACCGCUGGGAAACGCAGACUCACUUAUACGCUGGAGAUCCCCUUGGUCUUUGA